GCUACCCCGCCUCGUCUCAUCUCAUCUCAUUCACACCACACCAACAUUCGCUAGCUCACUCACUCUACCUCGCUAGCGAUCUACUCGAUCCAGUGGUUAAUUUGAAAUGGACGCGCCGUGUGGAUGGACGACGUCGGCGGCGGCGGCGGUGGCGGAGGAGGAGGAUGUUCGGAGAGGGCCGUGGACGGUGGAGGAGGACGCGGUGCUGGCCGGGUACGUGGCGGCGAACGGCGAGGGGCGGUGGAACGAGCUGGCGCGGGCGGCGGGGCUGAGGCGCACGGGGAAGAGCUGCCGCCUCCGGUGGCUCAACUACCUCCGCCCCGACGUGCGCCGCGGCGACUUCACCCCGCAGGAGCAGCUGCUCAUCCUCGAGCUCCACUUCCGGUGGGGGAACCGCUGGUCCAGGAUCGCGCAGCACAUGCCGGGGAGGACGGACAACGAGAUCAAGAACUACUGGCGGACCAGGGUGCAGAAGCACGCCAAGCAGCUCGGCUGCGACGUCAAUAGCCGCCAGUUCAAGGACGUCAUGAGGCACCUCUGGAUGCCGCGCCUCGUCGAGAGGAUCCACGCCGCCGCCGCCUCGUCGGAACGCGCCGCGCCGCCGCCGUGUGCCGCCGCGCCGGCUAGUCACAGCGGCAUGUGCCACUCACCUGACCCGUCAACCACGACGUCGAGCAUGGCAGGGUCGUCGGUGACGCACGGCGAGCAGUUCCCGUCGUCGACGAACCACCACCUGAUGACCAUGGCCAGCGUCACCACCGCAGCGGCAGAUUGGUCCAGCGAGCAAUGCGGCAGCGGCAGCGCCACCAGCACGAGCGUUGGGAUCAGUUAUGACAUGUUCGAGGGGAGCUGGUCGGAGCUCCUCGCCCGCGCCUACGACGACGACGGCGCCGAUUCUUCGCUGCUGCCGGACUUCCAAAUGGCAGACACCGGAGACAACUGCUGGUGGAGUAAUUUGGAGGACAUCUGGUCACAGCAGCCGUACUGAUAAUUUCUGUAUACUACGUACGCUAGCUAGAUAGCUCUUAAUUAUGAAUGACCAACUUAAUUUAUUUGUAAUUAUAUUGUUACUGAUUGAUUAAUUGCUAAUGAGAAAAUUAUUUAAUGAAGCAGAGGAUUAAUUUGUA